GCCAGAGGGGGGUGCUGGGGAUGACGAGCCGCUGAUCUCUGGUGACACAGGGACUGUUCAGAUUACAGGCACCAGAGAGCCACUACAGACCAGUUUGUUUCAAGGACUUUUGUCACUUUUGGUUAGCUGUUUAAAAAUAGAAGGAAAAUUAAACAAAAGUUGGGCUUUCGGUUGGAGGUUGUCAAGGUCACUUAACAUGUUCUUACUGUGAUGGCACAUGUUUCAUAUGUGUAUAGUAUGUCUGGAUGCUACGGUGUAUCAUAAUUUUCUGGUGUACGUGGGAAUAGUGUGGCAUCCGUGACUGUGCAGUGGUGUGAGGGGGACAUGCAUAUAUAUAUUUUUUUGUGUGUGUUUUAACUGCAUGUGUUGUUUUUGCACUUAUUCUGUUAUGGUGUUGAAACGAGGACAUUUCUUUUUGUAGGAGGGGAGGUAUGUAACCUAUUUUUAUGGGCUUGCCUCUUUAUAAUGUUAAGUUCCUGUUAUAAGUUGUUAUACAGUAUAUGCCUUGUGCUCUUAUUUUGAAGGCGCCAAGAGCGGAAGUGAUGACACGUUGUAGUGGAGCGAAGGUUUUGAAAAAAAGAAAAUAAAGUGGUCCUCGUGUAAAUCUGGAGCUUCCGUGUUUGUUAUUUUGUAGUUUCUACAGUAUAGGCGACAUUUAUAAACCCUCGGUUACAUUAGUAGUUGUUUGUGUCCGGAUACAUUAGUCUGAGCGCACUUUAUCGCGUCUUGUGCUAGCUUAGCUUGCUAGUUAGCUUAGCUUGUUAGCUGCUAACAAAGAGACGCGGACGUUAUCAACACAUCGCUAAGUAGAGAUCAAAUGUGAGUGUAAAGUGUUGUGAUUGUGUGAAAAUGUGCGAAAGAACGAUAGCAAAGUAUGAGGAGGAACUUUGUCCAACAAAAGAGGAGAAGGAGCGACAACAUCAACUACUGGACGCUGUUUUCAAGAAACAUCAAGUUGUGUUACACAGAACAGACGUCCAGCAGCCCCCUCACAUUAAAGAGGAAGAGGAGGAUCCACAGCUCCCACCAGAGUGUCUUCUAGGGCAGGAGGAGGAUGAUCUCAGCAAGUUUCCACUGACUGUUGUCUCUGUGAAGACUGAAGAGCAUGAAGACAAACCACCUGAGUCCUCACAGCUUCAUCACAGUCCAAACGUCUGUGAAGAACAACUUCUACCUGAAAAACAGGAGUGUAGCUUCAGGAUGGUGAAGGAGGAUCCAUCAAAGAGGAAGACCAGGCGCCACGGACCCUCUGGUGUCUCCUUUUCCUCUUUGACACAGACCCUGCCCUGUAAAAAGGAAGAGGAAGACUCACUGACCCCCCACAUUAAAAAGGAAGAGGAGGAAUACAGCAUCAGUCAGUUGGAGGAGUUCCCAGUGAUUGUGAAGGGUGAAGAUGAUGAGGUCAAAGGUGAAAGUGAGGAGAAGAGAGGGGCGGAGCCUCCAAGCAGCAGCUCAACACAACACAUGACAACAGAAGCUGAUGGAGACCACUGUGGAGGAUCACAAGCAGACAAGCUCUUAGCUCCACUAUCAGAUAGUGAGGACACAACGUCACACUCUCCUGACACUGAUAUAAAGUCUAAAGUUGACACGACAUGUCACACUGACAGCAAACGAUUCAAAUGUUCUCACUGUGAGAAAACUUGUAAUCGCCGUGAUCACCUGAAAUUACACAUGAGAAUACACACCGGAGAAAAACCAUAUAUGUGCUCAGUUUGUAGUAAAAGAUUCUCUCGGAAGGAAGAUUUGAUCAAACACACAAGAACACACACUGGUGAAAAACCUUUUUCCUGCUCGGUAUGCGGUAAGUGUUUCCCCCAAAGAAACUGUCUGAAAGACCACAUGUAUUUACACACUGGAGAAAAACCUUUUUCCUGUCCAAUAUGUGGUAAAGAUUUUGUACAAAGACAGUCUGUAAAAAUACACAUGCGAACACACACUGGAGAAAAACCUUUUUCUUGUUCAAUAUGUGGGAAAAGUUUUUCAGUAAGUGGGUCUUUGAAAGUACACAUGAAAUUACAUACUGGAGAAAAACCUUUUACCUGCCAGAGCUGCAACAAAAGCUUUACUGAAAGUUCAAAAUUUGUCGUACACCAGAGAACGCACACUGGUGAAAAACCAUAUUCGUGUUCGAGCUGCAACAAAAGUUUUUCUGACCGAUCAGCAUUUGUGGUACACAAGAGAACACACACUGGCGAAAAACCAUAUUCCUGUCCGAAAUGCAACAAAAGCUUUAAUCAACGAUCGGCAUUUGUAAGCCACAAGAGAAUACACACUGGUGAAAAACCAUAUUCCUGUUCAAGCUGCACCAAACGCUUUAUUGACCGAUCAGCAUGUGUAAAACACAUGAGAUCGCACACUGGUGAAAAGCCAUAUUUGUGUUCAGGCUGCAACAAAAGCUUUUGUACCCGAUCGUCACUUGUAAAACACAUGAAAAUACACACACGAGAGAAAAUGUUUAGUUGCAACGUGUGUCGUGAAAGAUUCUCUUAUCAGUACGAGUGUAACAAACACAAGUGUGCUGGUGAGGACAGCAGCAGUAAAUGAAGCGGCAGGGUCUGAAAUAAACUGUCAAAAUUAAUUUUUAUUAUUUAACAUCAUCAGUACACAUAACUCGUGUAACAUAAUUGUGUGUUACACAAUCUUGUUAAACUGUUUCUACAUUCAUAAAUUAUAUAUUUUAAAUUAGUACUUUUUUUCAGUCAAA